AUGGCAGUAGAAAAAGGUUCUAUGAAUACUGAAAGUUCGAAUAAUGGAGGUAAUAAUCAUGGAGGAAACAACAAUGGAGGUAAUCUUGACCCAUUUUUCAUAGCAGCUUCUGAUAAUCCAACUUAUUCUUUAGUUGCUACUGUAUUCAAUGGUGUUAAUUUUGUUCGAUGGAAUAGAAAUAUUAGACGUGCUUUAAUUGCGAAAAAUAAAGAAGGUUUUAUUAAUGGUGAGAUCUUGAAACCUUCUGUAACUAGUAUAGACUAUCAUAAAUGGAAGCGUGCUGAUUUCAUGGUAGUUAGUUGGAUUUUGAGUUCUAUGAAUGCUGAAUUAGCGGAUGAUUUUGGAUAUAUAGACACAACAAUUGAUUUGUGGAAAGAGUUAACUGAAAGAUUUGGACAGUCGAAUGGUCCAUUAAUCUAUCAGUUGAGGAAGGAGAUUGACAAUCUCAGACAAGAAAACUUGACUAUCGUUACCUACUAUGGAAAAUUAAAGAAGUUGUGGGAUGAAAUGAAGAGUCUCAGGGCAUUUCCUUCUUGUGUUUGUGGCGCAUUAAAUAAAUGUAGUUGUUCUAUCUUGAAGAAAUUGGUUGAAUUUGAAGAAGAAGAAAGAAUGAUGAAGUUUCUUCUUGGACUCAAUGAAGGAUUUGAUAAUACAGUAACUAAUGUAUUAUCAAUGGAUCCUUUACCUAGUAUAAAUAAAGUAUUCUCUAUUACUCAACAAAUAGAGAAGCAGAAGGAAGUGAGUAACAUGGUAGCUGAAAGCAGUGCCAUGGCUACUCAAGCUUAUAGAGGAAACAAUUCUGUGUUAGGUAAGAAGGACUGGAGAGAAUUAAAGAAAGAAAAGAUGAAUAAGCACUGUAGCCAUUGCAAAGGCAAGGGACACACUGCUGAUCAGUGUUUUAAACUCAUUGGCUAUCCUGAAUGGUACAAUACCAUCAAAGCUUCAAAAGGAAAUCAGUCUAAUGGUACUAGACUUGCUGCAAAUGUUUACUCUAACCAAGAACUGGUUGAUCCUCUUGAUAGCACAACUGAAGUUACUGGAGUUAAUGGAGUUAGUCCUGAUAUGUUGAAUGCCAUAUGCCAGGAAGUCAUGAAAGCCAUGAAGGGUAAACAGGUUCAAGCUGGAGACUCUAAUGGCAUAUCUUGUGCAAAUUAUGCAGGUAUUACAUCUCAUUCCUUUCAUUGUCAUGUGAGUAAUUUGUGGAUUGUUGAUUCUGGUGCCUGUGAUCACAUGACAUAUGAUGAAAGUAUGUUGAUUAAUAAAAGAAAUUUAAACAAGCCAAUUAAGGUUGGUUUACCAGAUGGGAGUACUAAGCAUGUUGAUAUGAUAGGUGAUGUUGUCUUAAAUGAUAAACUGGUGUUAUCUGGUGUGUUAUUAGUGCAAGAAUUUAAGCACAAUCUUUUGUCUGUUGGUAGAUUAAUUGAACAAAAUGGUGUUCAAGUGAAUUUUACAAGAUAUGGAUGUUCAUUCCAGGACCUUUCUAGGUCUGAGAUGAUUGGUGCUGGAACCAGAACAAAUGGUCUGUACUAUUUGAAUUGCUCUUCUGAUUUCCAGAAUUCAAGAAGCAAUGUUGGUAUCUCUGAAGCUGCUGGUUGCAAUAUAGUGGACAAUGUAAUUGAUGAUGUAAAUGGUGUGAAUAUGCUUAGAUUGCCCAAUAAAACUGCUACCAGUGUGAGUAAGAAUAAGAAUGUAUCUAGAACUCAACUGGAUUUACUUCAUGCCAGACUAGGACAUCCUUCUUUGUCCAAAAUGAAGCAUAUUGAUAUUGAUAAUUGCAAAGGGCUUACAGAAUACAAUUGUGGUGUAUGUUAUUGUUCUAAACAGCAUAAAUUUCCAUUUUCAGUAAGUAACAGUAGAGCUCUUGUUUGUUUUGAUCUAAUUCACCUAGACCUAUGGGGUCCUUAUAAGGUGAAAACAUUGGAUGGUGCUUCAUAUUUCUUGACUAUCUUGGAUGAUCAUAGCAGGGUUACAUGGACUUUUUUGUUACAUAACAAGUUACAAGUUGAAAAGAUAAUAAAAGAUUUCUUAGCCAUGGUGGAAACCCAAUUUCAGAAGAAAAUUAAAAGGGUUAGAUCUGAUAAUGGCACUGAAGUAGUGAAGGAGUCUUGUAAGAGCAUGUUUGCUGAUAAGGGUAUAAUUCAUGAAAGAAGUGUGCCUUAUGUUCCUCAACAAAAUGGUAGAGUUGAGAGAAAGCACAGGAGUUUGCUAGAAAUUGCAAGGGCAUUGAGAUUUCAUGCUGGUAUUCCAAAGAAGUUUUGGGGUGAAUGUCUCCUUACAGCUACUCAUUUAUUGAACAAAAUACCUUCUUCUGUUUUGAACCGGAAAUCACCAUUUGAGGUAAUGUUUAAUGUUGUUCCUGAUUAUCAUAAUUUGAGAGUUUUUGGCUCUCUUUGCUUUGCUCAUAAUAAUUCUUUGCAAAGAGAUAAACUUGAUUCUAGAAGUAAAAGAUGCAUGUUUCUUGGAUAUCCUGCUGGUCAGAAAGCUUUCAAAUUAUAUGACCUUGAUACUCAUCAUAUCUUCAUUUCUAGGGAUGUUAUUUUCUUUGAAAACAUCCUUCCAUAUAAAAUUUCUCACCAUGUUAAAAGUCCACAAAAUGUUUCUUCACAAAUUGUUCAGUUUGCUUAUGAUCAUUCUUCUAAUGAUAUAAUUCCUUCUUCUAAUCAUGAUUUCAUUGGAGGUUAUAUUCCUCAUAAACACAUAUCCAAUUCAGAUGACUCUCAAUCCUUAUCAUUCACUGUCAAUUCUUCUCAUCUUGAACCUAAAACUUACAACCAAGCUAAAAAUGAUCCUAAUUGGGUUAUAGCUAUGGAAAAGGAAUUGAAUGCUCUUGAAAGCAAUGACACUUGGGAACUUUCUUGUUUACCUAAGGAUAAGAAAGCUAUAGGAUCUAAAUGGGUUUACAAGACAAAAUUAAACCCUGAUGGAUCUAUAGAGAGACAUAAAGCUAGGUUGGUAGCCAUUGGUUAUCAACAGAUUGAGGGCCAAGAUUUUAAUCAAACCUUCUCUCCUGUAGCUAAAAUAGCUACUUUAGACGUUAACAAUGCAUUCUUGCAUGGUUUCAUUGAUGAAGAGGUUUAUAUGACUCCACCAGCAGGGUACACUAAAGCUAAGCCAGGAGAAGUGUGUAGGCUAAAAAGGUCUCUCUAUGGCCUUAAACAAGCCUCUCGUCAAUGGAAUAAAGAAUUGUGUGCUUUCUUACACACUCUGAAUUUUACACAAUCUACUCAAGGCUACUCUUUGUAUACCAGAACACAAGAUGGAGAAUUUCUGGUUCUUUUAGUCUAUGUAGAUGAUAUUAUGGUUACUGGAACUUCUAAACCACAAAUUGAAGAUGUCAAGAUUGCUCUUGACAAGGCCUUUACUAUAAAAGAUCUUGGUGAUCUAACUUACUUUCUUGGCAUAGAAGUUCAUAGAAAUGCAAAUGGGAUUUUUCUUUCUCAAAGAAAAUACAUUAAAGAUAUUCUAAUAGAUGCUGGUAUGGAAGAAUGUUUUGUUGCUCCAGCACCUUUAUCUACUGGUUUGAAGAUAUCUCCUGAAGUUGGGGAUUUACUUGAGUCACCUGAUGUGUAUAGAAGACUUGUUGGUAGACUCUUAUAUUUGGGCAUCACAAGACCAGAUUUGUCAUACUCAGUGCAGCAUUUGAGCCAGUUCAUGCAUUCACCAAGAGUUCCUCAUUUGAAGGCUGCCUUACAUAUUCUCAAGUAUUUGAAAGGCACAUUAGAUACUGGCUUGUGGUACUCUGCUAAUACAACCCUCAAGGUUACUGCUUACACUGAUGCUGAUUGGAGCUCCUGUCAGUUUACUAGUAGAUCUCUCAGCUCUUAUGCUGUCUUCAUUGGUUCCAAUCUGAUUUCUUGGAAAACUAAAAAGCAACAAAGCGUGAGCAAAUCUUCAGCAGAAGCUGAAUAUCGCAGCUUAUCAGCUACAGCAAGUGAAUUAGUCUGGAUUCAAGGCUUACUUGAAGAUCUUCAUGUUCCAGUUUCUCUUCCUAUUUCUCUAUACUGUGAUAACACCUCAGCAGAGCAUUUGGCAAAGAACCCAAUGUUUCAUGAGAAGACUAAGCACCUAAAGCGAGACAUGCACUAUAUUCGUGAGCAAGUUGCUGCUGGCUUCAUUCAAACUGCUCAUGUUUCAAGUGCAAAUCAACUUGCAGACAUUCUGACUAAGUCUCUUCCUUCUUCUCAGCAUCAAGCCUUAUCUGCCAAGCUUGGACUCAUAUCUAAGUUUCUCAUUUCCAUCCCAAAUUACAAUUCCCGUCUUCCUACACCCUUCUACAUCACUGUGUUUAGUCGCUCAUUUUUUAUCGCUGUCUCUUAUCUACAGAUAAGAAAAGCGAUGAGAGAUAGAAGAAUUCCGGGGAUGAUUCCGUUAGAGCCGUUAGACGCGGCUGGAAUUCAAAUCCCGUAUUAUUUCCGGUGUCCGAUUUCUUUGGAAUUAAUGCGGGACCCAGUUACCGUAUGUACCGGUCAAACCUACGACCGGCAAAGCAUUGAGUCAUGGGUUGCUACCGGUAAUACUACUUGUCCGGUAACUCGGGCUACUCUUUCUGAUUUCUCUCUAAUCCCGAACCACACCUUGAGAAGGCUUAUACAAGAAUGGUGUGUUUCCAAUCGUUCUUUCGGGGUCGAGCGUAUCCCGACCCCGAAACAACCAGCUGACCCGUCUAUCAUACGGUCAUUAUUGAACCAAGCUUCUUCGGUGUCGAAUCUGGUUCAGAAUCGUGUUAACUCGUUGAGGCGACUCAGAGGACUCGCUCGUGACUCGGAGAAGAAUCGUUCUGUCAUUACCAAUCUCAACGCGCGUGAUGUUUUCGUGUCGAUAUUAUUCGACGACUCGGACGAGUCUGACUCGGCCGAGUUGAAGCACGAGUCACUCGCGCUCCUAGCUAUAUUUCCUCCCUCCGAUCCUAAUUGUUCUUCCAUCGUAUCCGACCCUGAUAAGGUCGGAUACUUAGUGAGUUUACUGUUUCACCCGUCCUCGAUUGAUAUCCGAGUCAACUCGGCCGCGUUAAUCGAGUCGAUUAUCGCGGGAACGAAAUCUCCGGAUCUAAGAUCGUUUAUAUGUACUUCGGAAGAAAUCUACGUUGGUGUCGUGUCAAUUUUGACUAAUCCGACACCUUCACCACGCGCGUUGAAGAUCGGUGUGAAGACGCUAUUUGCGCUUUGUUUAAGUAAGCAGCAUCGCCAUAAGGCGAUAUCUGCUGGUGCAGUAAACGCGCUUAUAUCGCGUCUUACUGAGCUUGACAAGUGUGAUUGUGAGCGCGCACUUGCUACUGUGGAACUCCUUUGUAGAGUUCCACAAGGGUGUUCAUCUUUCGGUUCGCACGCGCUUACCGUCCCACUUCUAGUAAAGACAAUCCUUAAAGUGUCGGAUAGAGCGACAGAAUACGCGGCUGGCGCGUUGCUGUCGCUCGCUUCUUCGUCAGAGAGGUUGCAAAGAGAGGCGGUCAAUGCAGGUGUUUUGACUCAAUUGUUGUUGUUAGUUCAAAGCGAUUGUACUGAACGCGCUAAAAGAAAGGCGCAAAUGUUGUUGAAAUUACUCCGGGAUUCUUGGCCUGAUGAAAAGUCUAUUGGGAAUUACUCUGAUGAUUUUUACUGCAGUGAUAUUGUUCCAUUUUGAAAGUGGAGGUAGAGAUUUUUGUAAUUUUUAUUUUUUUUUGAGAAAAAAAGAGCUUUUAGUAAUUGAAUUAUUAUUUAUAAUUUAAUUGAUUAGGUGGUUUUUUUUUUAAUUAUUGGAUAGAUGGGGGAUAUAAAGAUUUGAGAGGGGUUUAAGUAGAUUUAUUAGAUGUUAUUUUAGGGGAAUGGUACAGAGACAUGUGUUCUUUUAGUUUUUUGUAUCUAUUUUAUUUUUCAUUUUUUAAUCUCAGAAAAAAAUUGUAUCUAAUUAUUUUUGUUUAUUGGAGGCAACCUGAAAAAGGUUUUACAUGCAAUACUAGUAGUAAUUUUUGUUUA